AUGUUGAAAGAACUCAGGAAAGAGACGGGGGAUCAUCGAGGCGUCUCUAAAUCUCUUUUGGACCUGAGUUUCAAUGGCAGAGUCUUCGACGAAAGCACAGCGACUGCGACUGUAUAUAGCGAGGCUGUUCAGCCUCUAGUCAUUCAGAGUACUGAGGGCAUCAGCAGCACCCUGAUCGCAUGCGGAAGCUCUGCCAGCGGCAAGACGUAUACGCUCUUUGGCACUCUUGAGCACCCCGGCGUCGUUUUUUGCGCUAUCCAAGAUCUCUUCGACCAUAUUGCCUCAUACAGAAGUCCUCGCUCAGCGAAAGUCAAGCCGCCGACGAACGCCCCGGAGCUGCUGUCCUGGAACAUGGAUCCUCAAGGAUGGUUGGAGCACGACUACGAGUUUUCCGUCCGCUGUUCCUAUGUUGAAAUCCGCCGCCACGCGAUCGUCGAUCUUCUUCACUGCGCAGCCGAUUUCACGCCUUCGGACAUUCUUCCCACGCUAGCGCUUCGGAGAACUGCCGAAGGGACACGGUACAUCGAAGGCGUCUACGAGAAACCGGGCACCUCUGCGGAGGAGCUCGUCCGGGACCUCGCUAGAGCAGCAGCACUGAAGAAGGCCAGGGACAACAUCUUCCCCGAGCUCCCGUCCAGCGGCGUUGUGACGAUCACGGUCGAGAAAGUGCGCCUGAGAAGGGACCGCCGACUUCGCCCGUCUUCUCCGUCUCCUCGGCACACCGCGGGCGGCUCGGCGUCUUCGAGUAGCAUGAGUGCUUCGUCCGCUUCACAAGUGGCUGGAAAAGACUCUCUGAGCGCUCGGGUUCCUGAAGUCACACGCGCCACGCUUACCAUCGUGGAAACCGCUGGCACGGAAGCGCUUGCGGAUCUGACCUACACAGAUACAGCCUCGACGCAGAGCCUCGUUCUGAUGACUGACGACCUCCUGCACCACGCGGAGUCUGGGAAAAGCAGAGACUGCAGCGCACGCUCGACGGCCUGGGCGGGCGCAACGCUCACUCAGCUCCUCCAGCCGAGACUGCACGGGCCGUCCAACCUCUCCGUGAUCCUGACUGUCGACCCCUCGGACUGUUACCUGCCAGUCUCCUUGCCUACGCUUCGCUUCGGCUCCAAGUUGGCCGGCGCACCCCGGCGGCUCCGCGUCACCCAGAUCUCUCCUAAACAGUCCCACUUGCGUUCUCUGCACCUUGCGCUCUCGCGCCACUUUCGCCAUCUGCAGGCGGUUCGCGGAAAGAUUAAGGAUUGGGAACUCGGGACCGCGCUUCGCAAGGAGCUCUCUUCGAAGCAGCCGGCGCUCACCGACGCCGAGGGCGACAAGUCGUGGUGGCUGCCUUCUCAGGCCGAGAUGAAGGGCUCCCUGGGGCAAGUCCAUGGAGAAAUUCGAGCAACCCGCCAGCAGAUUCUCUUUGGAGGCACCGCAGACUGGGAUCUGCUCGACGGCGCGAGGCUGUCGACGCUGCUGAACAUGCUCUCGGCUUUCCAGAACCACCUCUUCGUGCGCGAAGUGCUGGGCAAGGAGCAUGCGCCCUUCUGGCCAGAGCUGCGGCUGGAGAAGGCGAGCGCGCCUCUGCAGAAGCCGCGAGUUCCGGAGCCCGGCGCCGCGCCCCGUUCGCAACAUCACCCAGCCGGGACUGGGGACUUCAGUCUCACCUCUGAAGCGCUGACGUCGGCUGACCCCCCCACUCAGCUGGAGCCAUCCUGGGCAGCACCUUGCCCUGACUCGCUGCCCUCUUCGUUCUCCAGCGUCUCCACUCCGUUCGCCUAUUCCGAGCGGGUCAGCGCGUCCGCGGACUACCUGCCGGCGGUGCCUACCCCCGGCCGCGUGUCUGCCGCCGCGGCGCCGGCGUCAGGCCUCGCGCCCCCCUCCCGCACGUGCUCGCCUCCGCCGCGUCCGUCGGAGUCUCGUUUUUCCGCGGCUAGCGGGCAGCUCUGCGCGACCACCCAGUACCGCCCCCGCAUGGUGAACAUCACACGGCAACAGCGCCGCCUGCAGGCCUCCUUCCCUCAUCCGGCGGAGCCGGCGGGCGCCUGCCGCCUACGCGCCGCGCCACGCGAGGACGCUGCCUCCUCUUCUCUCGUCUGGCUGGGCUUUCCGCGCAGUGCGUUCUACCCCGCAGACCCGUGCUACUACGUGCACGAGUCAGGCAGAUUCGUCGCGCACAAGAAACCCGCAGACUUUGCGCAGCGGGAAACCAUGGGUUGGCCCGAAGCGUUCAUGCACACGGCCAGCCAACCCGCGGCGGCUGGCUGCAGGGUCCUGCCGCUUCCCCCCUCGACGGGCGCCUACGCAGACCUCGCCGCCCCACAGCACUCCGCAUUUCCCGGCGCAGGGCCGUCGCCGCCGCCCUGGUCACCCAGUGGAAGGGAGAGGCUCACGGGCAACAACUUGUUUGUCGGGAUGCUCACGCUCUCGCGCAGCGACGCUGCGGCGGACUCGGCAGCGGCAGAGGAGGUGACUAAGGCCAUGGAGGAUCUCGAGAAGUCGCUCGCGGAGCUGCGCAGCUCGUUCCUCGACUGGGAUGACCCUCGCGCUCUCCGCCUCAACACUGACGUGGACUCGGGCCGCGAAACGCUCUGCGUCACGUCCGCGACGGUCGACUGCCAGCUGACGUCUCUCUCAGCAGAGUCCGACGGGCGCGAGAUGGAGCCCAACGCGUUCCCGCUGAGCGGCGGCUGUCAAGGCCUUGCACCAGGCGCUCGAGAGGAGACACCCGGCAAAAGAACGAUGCGACGCCUCUUCGCCGUUUCGCCUUUUCACGCGGCCUCUCGCUACAGCGAUGCUGCACUGUCCGCUCGCCUACAACCUUCCUGUGCUUUCUACGGAGGAUAUAACUUUUUCGCACCAGAGGAUGAAGCACAGACCACACCGACGUUCGGCUCGCUGGCGAGGGAGAAGGAAGGGGGGGGAGGGCGGGACGAGGCUCAGUAUGAGCGCGAGGAGAGCCCUCAACGAACCUUUUCUAAAAGCUCAGCGAGUGCAGACAGCCGGCCGCUGGAGCCGUCCUACUCGCGGAUCGACAGCUUCCUCGACGGGAUGAUUCAAGAGGCCCAAUCGGCCGAGGGCCUCGAGAAACACCACACGACCUCUCACGCAAGAACGCGAAGCAGCGGCUCCGCGGCGUCUGUCGGGAGAACACACAAGAAAGACUUCCGGAGCCCCUUCUCACUGACUAACGACUCCAUGGAAGAGGAUGAAGAGUCCGAGGAGAAGAGCUUUGAAGGCGGCCUUUACAGCGCGACGAGUCACGAGUCGCAGCUGUCUGCCGACAGACACGCAGCGCGCGACCACGCCGAGGAAGCGACGCCGACCCACGAGGGCAAGCAGUUGCUGCAGUCCGUGGAUCGCCUGCAGGACGAGAUCCUCGGCCUUCUCGACAGCAACACUGACGGCUCCCCUCCGCCGCACUCCUUGCCAGCGCCUCUGGAGACUGCAUCUGUCUCCUCGCGUGUCUUCUCCGCGGAGAGCGAAGGCGGCGAGAGGGCGUGGAUUGAGCCCAGGAUGGAGGCGUUCAGAGGCCCCCGCGCGGGCGACGCCGCGGACUAUAGCCGUGCGGCGCCCGCAGGGACUGUCUCCUCGCCCUCGCAAAUUCGCGUCUACCUCUCCGUCGAGGGAGAUCAGGGCGGCAGCCCCGGACGCGGCGGCGGGCAGUCGGAGUCCGCGGCGCGCCGCCCGCGGUCUCCUUCUCCGCCUCAGCAAGCCUUCAUCGGCACGCCGUCGCAGCUCCUCUUCGCGCUCGACCCCGAGGAUGCGGCGGGGCGGCAGCGAGCGCGAGACCCGCGCGAGGACUGGCGCGCCGAGAGAGCUGCGGACGCGCGGCGCGCAGACAGGCGGGCACGGUCGCCGUCGGUCUCCUCGGUCUCCCCCGUCUCCUCGCCCUCGUGUUCGCGCGCCUCAGAGCUGCACUCGCCGCCGCACCGGCAGCUGUCGGCGCAUCGCAUGAAGAAGGGCGGCGAGAGCUGGGAGGUCGCGGUCUUGGGGGGCCCGCGAGGAGGCGCAGACGAGGGCUUCUGCCUACCCGAGCCGCGCUUCGGAGUGAAGCAGCGAGAGGAAAACAAGCAGAGCCUCUACUUCCGCGGCACCUUGAGACCCUGGACGCGCGACUCGGCCCCCGCCGGCAUCGUCGUGCCGCGCCCCGGAAGGACGCCCGACAGGAACGCCGUUGUCUCUUCGUACCCGCGAAGUGGCGCCAGUCGCGGGAGGAGCUCGCGCUGCGAGGACGACAGCAGAGAACGCAGACGCAGAGCUCCGCUCUCUGCAUACGCCGCCUCGGUGCGGCACACCUCCAGCGGCUCACCUGUGCAGGGGUCGCGGAGAGGCGGCCGCGAGGAGAGGAGGCGCGACUGCGAGUUUGGAGGCGGCGAGGCGAGAUGGUGCAGCGCGCAAGACGACCAAGUGAGGCGACUCCAGUCCCAGAUUUUCGAGCUCCAGCGCCAGCUGCGCCAGCGCGACGCGCGAGGCUCCAUGGAGGUGCCCGCAGAGCCGCGGUCGCCGCACGCGCCGGAGAGUCCGUUCGCCUCGCCCUCCUCGUCCUCCCCGCCGCGCCCCGCGAAGGCUCGAGGCCCCGAGCCCUUCCCCCAGACGCAGCAUCCGCUCAGUGCGUCUCUUCUCACGCCUCCUCUCACGGCGCCCCUUCCGACUCAGCCCGCCACGACCGCCUUCGCGCCGCUCGCGGGGCAGCGGGCCCCCGUGGCGAGCUUCAGCUUCCCGUCUGCGGCGCUGCAGCAGAGCGGCGGCGCGCUCACGAUCUUGCAGUCGCUGGCGCGCGGGGUGGCGCCCACAGUCGUCGGCGUCGCAUCGCCGCCGCCAGGGGUGGCGCUGCCUGCGGGUGGCGCGGUGCCCAUCCGGCCCUUCGCGUUUUCCGCCGCGGCGCCCUUCUUCCCCUGCCCGCCACUCGUGGAGAACUUCGCGCGGACUUCUUCCGGGGGCGAGACUUCGCGCUGCUCAACGUGCGGCGGGACUCUCACCUCGAGCUCCAGCGUGGCGGAGAACGCGGCGACGACGUCCUGCGACGCCUCGUGUACCUGCCCUGCCUUCGGCGAGGCCCCCGACCGAGACGCGCCUGCCAAAACAGACACUGCAUCGAGCUCGGGCUUCUCCUUCUCGCUCCGCCUCAAAAAGCACAAAGACGGCGCCCAAACCACUCAUGGCCAGGAGGCACGGGCUGUGAGUCCGGCGGCGGCGACAGUCGAAAAGGCUCCCUCGCAGCCGUCGCCGGCCUCCGAAACGGGCGACGUCGAGGGUGGAGACGCGGAACAGCACGCCGCUGAGAAGAGUCGCCCCGUCGACGGACUUUUCCUCGAACAGAGGACAGCUGAAGCAAAGAAAGGCGCCGAGGAGAAUAAGACGCCGCCAGCGACGCCGGCUUCGCCUGCGCCGCCGCGUGGUGCCUCGACUCUGCUGCCUCCGCAGUCUGCAGCUUCGCGAACGCAAACGAGCACCCCGCCGGCGAGCCCAGAGCAAGAGGCCGCCAGGCCAGAAGCGGCCGCGGUCUUCUCCAGCCCAGGGGCAGAAAGAGUGCAGUGGGAAAAGAGCGGAGGCGCGACGUCGGCGCCGCCGCCGCGUAGAUACACAAGCUACUCGAAUCGCCCUGCGUCGCCCGAGGCGUUCAGAUGCCGACCGGCGACGCCCACGCGUGGCCUGCGGACGGCGUACGCGCCGUCGUCGCCCGCCCACCGGUCGUGGGCUCCAAGUUUCGCUUCCGCAACGCCCUCGCGAGCGUCUUGUCUGCCUUCUGCCUCGCCGUGGGGGCCGCCAGCGUCGCCUCCCUGCGGCAGCGCCCCCGCUGGCGACUUCUCCCCGGUGCAGACCGUCCGCGGCAAGCCACGGGUCAUCUGCACGAUUCGCCGCGACGGCUCGGGGGUCCCGCUGGACCUCCAGCAGGGCGAGGAGGUGGGCAGCCUCCAGGAGAGGUCGCGAGUGAUUUACCCCUUGUCGCACGUCUCCCACACCUCCGUCGUCGGCGACGCGACGGGACGCAGCCUGCCGGCGUCGCUGCUGUCUCCGACGAGGCCCCUCAGCUCGCCCUUUGCGCGCCCGUCGUCGCCUCCGCCCCCACCGCCGCGGGACUUCGGCUACCCUCCGCCGCACGCGGUCUCGCCUCUUGCCCACUCUCCGCUGGGACGCGCCUCGGCCGCCUGCUGCUCGCCGCCGCCUGCGCGCUGUGCGACCGGCUGCUUCUCGCCUGCGGCUCGCGGGCGAGGCAUCUUGCCAGCCGACGGCGCGGCUCCCUCGUGUCCGCGCGCGGCGCCUCUCAAAGUCGUUCUGCCGUCGCCGGCGGCCUUCAGCGCCUGCAGCGAGCUGGGGGGCUGCGGCGCGCGAGCGACGCUCUCGGGAGCCGACGCGCGCGGAUCCGCGGACGCAGAUCACUUCGACGCAGGCCUCGGCGGUCCCAUCCGCGUCCCGCAGCCCUCCGCACCCUUCGCCGAGCAGAUCUUUGGGUUCGUCGGCAAGAAAGUCCGCGAUUUCUGGGAUGCGCGCCCGGGAGCAGUCCGAGCCGCGGACGGCAGAGGCACGCAGAAAGGGACGACCGUCGCGAAGCCAGUGGACGACUGCCGCAGCAAACACUUCUGGCCCAACUGGUACCACGUCCUGCCGCCGCCCAACGCCGUCACCUUCAGGCGCAGGAGAAGCCGGAGCCGCGAGUCGCAGCUCUGCGCUCCCGCCGCGCCUGUGACGCCCCCCGCCUCGCCGCGCGCGCGCAUUGCGCAGAGCCGCCCCCUGUCGGUGCCGCCAGGCUACCCCAAGUGGAAGUGCGGUCAGGAAGGCGUGAGAGCCGCGAUCCUGCCGGAGUCUGCCGAGCCCACAGAGUCUGCCGAGCCCACGGAGUCUGCCGAGCCCACAGAGUCUGCCGAGCCCACGGAGUCUGCCGAGCCCACAGAGUCUGCCGAGCCCACAGAGUCUGCCGAGGCCAUGGAGUCUGCCGAGCCCACAGAGUCUGCCGAGAUCGCGAAGGCCGCGCCCGCGCAGAGCGUGACGGAGAAGAAACCGACUGACUCGCCUUCCUCGCGCUCCUUCUCGUCCCCUUUUGUCGGCGACGCGAGCGAAGAUCCGCGAGCGUCGCCCGUCGCCGCGACCCCUGCAGCCGUCUUCCUCGCGCCGCAGGUCGUGGCCCAAGGCCUGCCUGGCGCCGCGGCGGGCGUCGCGCCGCCGCUCAUCUUCGAUCCGCUCUGGACUGCGCCCGUCGUGGCUGCGCCGGCGCCUCCCGCACUCCUCGCCCACUCCCCGCAGGGCACUCUCCUGCGGCGCGCCUCUCCCCCGCCCCUCGCGCCUCCAACGCCUUCAGCCGCCAGCCCGACCCAGGCUGCGCAGCCGCAGCUCGCCCUCUCUGUCUCAGGAGCGCCCAGAGCGGGGACAGUCCUGGCGUUCUCUUCGUUCGCGCCGCCGCAAGUCUCUGCGGCGCCUGUCGCGGCUGUCGCGCCUCCACAACUUCUUCGGGGCGCGGCGCUUCUCGCGCCGGGCGCCGCUGUCCUGGCGCCUGCGCCUCCGCUUCUUCCCCCAAGCGGGCUCGCCGUCGGUGUCGCCCCGCAGCCGCUCGUUGCAGUCGCAGGGCCUGCGGCGGAACUGGGCGCUGCUGCCACCGCGGGCGAAGCUGCGGGACCUGCGCGCGAGGAGGGCGCGACGCUGGCGGAGGGCUGCGCGUCGCUGAGUCGGAGCUUCGGCGAGAUGUGCAGGCAGCUGCUCGGAGUCAGAAAGCGGGACGCAGCCGGAGAGGAGGCGCAGGCGCGCGCGAGCCCUACCUUCCCCUUCUUCGGCGCGCCGCAGCUCCUGCUGCCGCGGCCGAAACCUUACCCCGUGCUGGAGAUCGGCAUUUUCAAAAGCGAGAGAGAGAGAGUGGAGAAGCAGAUGAGCUCGACGGAAGAGGGAAGCUUCAGGAGUAAACUGAAAACAGGAAGGGAAGAUAACGCAGCGUGA